AUGUCAACAGAAACAGAAACUCAUUUAGGGGAAUCCAAAAGAGUAAUAUUAUCAUCUUUAAUUAAACAAUUAUCACCAAACAAAGAGAUUAAACAUAUGGUAUUACCAUGUUUUCUUUUACAACCACGUAGUACUUUAGAAUCAUUUACUGAUAUGUUUACAUAUAUUGAUGAAUUAUAUAAAAUAAAUGAAAUUGAUGAUGAAGGUGAAAGAUUUUUACAAUUUGUUAAAUUUUAUUUAACAGGUUGGCACACAAGACCAAAAGGAAUUUGUAAACCAUUUAAUCCAGUUAUUGGUGAAGAAUUUGAAUGUUUUUGGUCAAAUAAUAAAAAUGAAGAUUUACCACAUAUAGAUGAAUUAAUUGAAGAUAAUAAUAGUGAUGUUGGAGUAUUUAAAGCCGAACAAAUAUCACAUCAUCCACCACUUUCAGCAUAUGUAUUUUAUAAUAAAUUUCAAAAGAUAUUAGUCAAUGGUAACAUUUGUCCAUCUUAUGUAAAGUUUAUGGGAAAUUCAGCAGAAUCACAUCUACAGGGUAUUUUAGAGUUUAAUUUCUUUAAAUGGAAUGAAUGUUUUGAAUGUACAUUACCAACCGUUGGUGUUAAAGGUAUAAUUUUAGGUAAACUAUCACCCUUCACUUGUGGUGAUAUUGAAAUCAAAUCAAAGAAUAGUAAAUACUCUUGUAAAUUAGAAUUCCUCUUUAAAGGUUUAUUUGGUAGUAGUAAAAAUAUAAAUGGUAUCAAAGGUACAAUACUCUAUGAUAAUAAACCAAUUUAUAAAGUUCGUGGUAAUUGGGAUAAACAAAUUUUCAUUAAAAAAAUUAAUGAAAUUGCUGGUACUCACGGUGGUAGUAGUAGUGGUAGUCAUACCAAUUCAACUGAAAGAUGUUUAAUGGAUGUUAGUUUAUUAAAAAAUUCAAAAGAAAAAUAUACAAAACCAAUUGAACAACAACCACCAAAUAGUUCAUAUCAUUUAUGGGAAUUAGUUACAAAGAAUAUUAAUAAUAAUAAUGAUAAAGAAACAGCAGAAGAGAAAGCAAAGAUUGAAGAAAAACAAAGAAAAGAAGAAUCUGAAAGACGUGAAAAAGGUAUUCUAUGGGAACCAAAAGAAUUUCAUUUUAAAGAAAAUCCAAAUAAUGAAUAUAAAACUACUUUCUAUUAUAAUGAUAUUCCAAAAUUAUUUGAUAAUUUACAAUCAAAACCAAUACAAUAA